ACUAUCAACGUGCGAUCUGGAGAUGGACACAAACAGAGCAGCGAAGCUUGAGUUUGCGGUGCAGAUGUCAUGUGACAGCUGUGUUAAUGCAGUAAAAGCCGUCCUGGAGAAAGAUCCAGGAGUGCAGUCAGUGCAGGUAAACCUGUCUAAGGAGGAGGUUUUGGUGGAAACGGCUCUGACGUCUCUUCAGGUCCAGACUCUGAUCGAGAGCACCGGCAGACGAGCCGUGCUGAAGGGAAUGGGAGGAUCAGACUCAGACCUGGGGGCUGCCGUGGCAAUGCUGAGUGGGGCGGGGCUUGUCCAGGGCGUGGUCAGAUUCCUGCAGCUGUCACAUGACCGCUGUUUGAUUGACGGGACGAUCGACGGACUGAGCCCUGGGGCUCACGGUCUGCAUGUGCAUGAACUGGGGGAUCUCACACAGGACUGCAGGAGUUGUGGAGAUCAUUUCAAUCCAUUCAGGAAGCAGCAUGGAGCUCCACAGGACUCUGACAGGCAUGUUGGGGAUCUGGGAAACAUCAGCGCUGGUCCAGACGGCAGAGCUUCAUUCAGACUGGAGGACUCUCAGAUCAAGGUAUGGGAUGUGAUCGGCCGCUCUCUGGUGGUGGAUUCAGGAGAGGAUGAUCUGGGUCGAGGGAAUCACCCGCUGUCCAAAACCACUGGAAACUCCGGAGAAAGACUAGCAUGUGGGAUCAUCGCUCGCUCCGCCGGGCUCUUUCAGAACCCCAAGCAGAUCUGUGCCUGCGAUGGAGUGACGCUGUGGGAGGAGAGAGACCGUCCCAUCGCCGGCAAAGGACGCAGAGUCGAAACACACACCUCUCAUCUGUGACCAUUGCACACACGCACGCGACCAGAAGGAGAUUAUUCCUGACCAAUGAGAGC